GCACCAGGUCUCCCUUCCUCCGGACAAUCACGUAUUAUGCUUCAAUUUCCUUUACUACAUAAGCGCUCAUCAUACAUGCGAAUGGGAAUAGACUAUUCUCCUGCAUGGAGAUUUGUAGGCCAAUGUAUGCGAUGGACUACAAGCAUGGAAAAGAUCGCCGAUGCGCUAUAUAUUGAUCCACAUACGGCAUGGCGACUUCAGCCAGCAAUGCGAGGUGCAAGAAGAGCUUCGCACACGAAAAGGAAUUGAUGCUAUACAUGUUAUCAUGACGAGCGACGAAAGGGACCCGGAAUGGUGGUCAGAUGUUGGGGCGUUGGGGCGGACGCGGGUAGAUUAUGCAGCGGAACGGACAGAGGAUAUCUAUGGGAAAUGGCAUCCGGUGUUCAUCGAUGCUAUCAUUGAGUCGAAUAGAGUUGGCUUUGUUGGCAUUCGUGGUUCCACGAUGUCCACACUAGCUAGUCGCAGAGUACAGUCAUGGCAUGAUGGAACGACUCGGCUCAUUAGAUGGGGGUGGCCGGGCGCGGACGAC